UGUUUUUUAUGUUUACGUAGACACUCCUAAGACCUCGCACAACAAUUUUUUGCAUAUUUAACAGUUUUUCUUUAAACGAUAAGCAGCUUAGUCACAUAUUUUCUCUGAAAGCCAAUUGUCUUGUCAGCUUUCUUACUUUCUUUCAUAAAAUAUAUGUAUUAAUAAAUUCUUCGACGUUAUAAGGUUGUCUUCCGAACGUGACACUUUAAUGAAAAGCCUUAAAGCUGAUGCAAUAACACCACCGAUUCAAGUAAAAUAUAUAUAAUGUUAUCUUAAGCACUUUUCACUGAGGAUUUUGCCAGUUUCACCAUUUGUCUUUCAAUAAGAUCCGCCCGGUAAGAGGUCUGAAUUGCGACUGAGUCUGCAGAGCUGCAGUGCCUGCAGUGCAUCGCUCCCAGAGGCACUGCCUCGAUCGCGAUCGCGUUCGCUUCUCGAAUUUGAUUUAAUUAUAUUGUACAUGCCCGAGCCAUGUGCGUAAAUGCGAUUUAUGGCCUGCGGCGAUCCAGACGAUCCACGCCAAGCCCAAAAACUACCUGUCCGCGACGGCUUACCUGUACUGUUGUCGCUGGCCAAAGUGCCGACCAAGUUGACCAAGCCAGUUUCUGACCAGCUCGAGAGAACCGGGCAAAAAACUGCACUCGUCGGCACAUUCCUGGACGAAAAUGUGCAGCGUCGUCUGGCGAUUCCGCAAGGUUGUCGGCCAGAAUCAAAAUUACUGAAGCUCAACGCACAAAAAAUUGAUCAAUUUCGAACCCGCAUUACCUGCUGCUCUGGAAGUCCGAUUAGGUGACAUGCAAGGGUCAUUAGCUCAUUAAGCGGGAGCUAUAUAUGAAGCAGUCUUGGGACCUGCACCCACAAUUUGACGCUAUGGGUUUCCAUGUGGGACGACAGUUGCUGCUCUCGGGCUUCCUGCUGGUGCUGCUCCAGGUGCUAACCGAAACACAGGCCAGGCCUCAGGAUGUGAUAACCGGCGAGGAAACAGAGGUGGUAAAACAGGAAGGUGGCGACGGAGAUGACGAUGACUCCUCCUCAGAGGAAACGGUGGAGGAUUCGGAGGAAUCACGUCGACGACGACGACGCGAAGUGGACUUGGAUAAUCCUCCGUCGGCUCGGGCGGGCAUUCCAGGUUUGCCAGAUCCGGCCACCAUUAUUAAGAUCGCUGAGCUUUUUCAAUCCAUAGGCGAACAAGUAGUCCCGAUCCUGUUGCAAGCAGUCCUUCCCGGCUCGGAGGCCACCGGUGACCGUUUCGCCAGGUCUUUGCAGUUCCUGGAGAACCUGGAGGCUGCACCUGAAGGUUUCGCCACCGAAAAGAAUGAAUAAUCAGCUGAUGAAAUGUAUAUAACCGGAGCUGAAGGAGCUAAGCCGGAAUACUAGUGACCUAGAAUUAAACUUAGAUAAAUUUUGGUUGCUUGAGCUGAAA